AUGUGUUGUUUACAGAGGAAUGCAUCUGCGGACAAGAGGAGAGGCAAACACAUCAACAUGGAGACCCAGGUUCGUAUUCCGCACGCCUUGUUUGCGCUUGAUUCGUGUUGGACCCCGUGCGUGUUACGUCUCCGUCUGGAAAGUCCGUUGCCAUCUGGUGGGAAGUGGCAUGUGUCAGAGGAGACAUAUGACUGUCUACGACCCCCUGGCCGACGUGCAGUGCCUAUGGGAAUUCUUCUGACCAUAGUUUACAUGGUCUGCGUGGCCGCAGAAGAUGAUCCUCUCUUUAAAUGCCUGCAUGACCCUGACUAUGACGAACUUCUUAAGAUUAUAGACCAUGGUCUUCUUUAUACAGAAAACCCUCAACAUGUGGCCAUUGUUGGAGCUGGCAUAGCUGGACUAACAGCAGCAAAGCUUCUGGAGGAUGCAGGCCAUCAGGUGACAAUCAUUGAAGCAAGUAAUCGCAUUGGUGGACGAGUUGAGACAUACAGAAAUCAUGAUGAGCACUGGUAUGCUGAGUUUGGUGCUAUGAGAAUCCCCAGCUUUCACAAGAUCCUCUUGAGAUUUGCGGAAAACAAUGGCCUGGUCCUGAAAAAAUUUAUAGAGGAAGACAUAAACACCUAUUAUUAUGUCAAUGGGCAGAGGCUCAAAACCUACAGGGUAAAUGUGGACCCAGAUGCAUUGAAGUAUGAUGUACAUGAAAGUGAGAAAGGAAAAUCAGCGACUGAACUUUUUGAGAUGGCAUUGCAAAAGAUAAGAGAUGACCUGAAAAAGGAUAGAUGCCCAGAAAUAAUGAAGAAAUAUGAUUCUUAUUCUGUAAAGGAGUACCUGGUGAAAGAGGGGAACCUGAGUCGUGGAGCAUUGAGAAUGAUAGGAGAUAUUCUCAAUGAAAAUGCCUUCUUCUACACUGCUCUAUUGGAGGCUCUUUAUUUACAGACAGACAUAAAUGACAAAACACGGUAUUACGAGUUCAAAGAUGGCUCUGAUUCCUUAACACAGGCAUUUUAUAAACUUCUCCAAUGUACAAUCCUUCUCAACUCAAAAGUCAAAUUCAUCAGCCAAGCAGGUGAUAAAGUAACAAUUACAUUUCAAAACCAGAAAAAUCCUUCCAGUCUGGCAAACGUCACAGCUGACUAUGUCUUGGUGACAGCGACAGCCAAAGCUACUCUCUUCAUAGACUUUCAACCUCCACUUUCUAGCAACAAAACGGAGGCACUGCGCUCAGUUCACUACUCCAGCUCCACCAAGGUCAUAUUGAGCUUCAAUGAGACGUUCUGGGAAUGUGAGGGCAUCAACGGUGGGAGAAGUAUUACAGAUUUACCCUCACGAUUCAUCUACUAUCCCAGCCAUGACUUUCCAGGAGCCAAAGGAGGGGUUCUCCUGGCCUCCUACACUUGGUCUGAUGAAUCUGCAGUCUUUGAGGGAAUUGAUGACCAUGAGCUAAUGAAUUUAGUCUUGAAUGAUUUGGUCAAGAUCCAUGGAGAGUAUAUCCGCCCUCUGUGGACUGGAGGUGUUGUGAAGAAGUGGAGCCGGGACCCCUAUAGUCUUGGCGCCUUUACUAUGUUCACUCCAUACCAGCAGACAGAGUAUGCCAAGGCUCUAUUUGAAAAGGAGGGCAGGAUCCACUUUGCUGGGGAACAUACAGCCAGACCCCAUGGCUGGAUUGAGACAUCCAUGAAAUCUGCUAUCAGAGCUGCCAGGAACAUCAAUAAGGGAACAAACUAG